AUGGCACGCUUUCAUGGCGAGGGUAACCGCGAUUCGCCUAUCGUCAAGCUGGAGUAUAAGGAGAUGGUCGAAGAUAUCAGCGUUACUGGAUCAGAUAAGAGAUGGUGGGAUUACCGAGAACUCUUCAACUCACGAGAAGCUCGGUACAGAACUAUGUUAGUAGUGUGCAUGGCGUUCUUUGGACAGUGGUCAGGUAAUGGCCCUGUAUCCUACUACUACCCAACUAUACUUCAGGGCGCUGGCAUAGCCAACAAUCGCACACGCCUUCUCUAUAACGGAAUGCAGAACGUUGUUUCAUUCGCCGGCGCGGUGUUUGGCGCCGUCUACACCGACUCCUGGGGCCGUCGACCCCAACUCCUCGUGUCCACCGGCCUACUCGUUGGCAUCCUCACUAUUGUCUGCGCCCUAGUUGCCACCAAUCUCAAAAAGGGACCAGAUGGAAAGCCAAUCUACGAUGCAAAUCAUACACCGCAAAUCGAGAGGAUCGGACAGGCAAGAGCAGUGAUCGCGUUCUUCUUUAUCUUCGGGUUUGUCUAUUCGACAGGUUACACGCCGUUGCAGCAGCUAUAUCCGGUCGAGUGUCUACGAUAUGAAUCUAGGGCCAAAGGGAUGGCGUUUUACAACUUCUGGGUGAACAUUGCAAACUUCUACAACACCUUUGUUACUGGAAUUGCGUUUUCAGGCGCAGGAUGGAGGUACUACUUCCUAUUCAUCUUCUGGGACAUAUUCGAAUUCAUCGUCAUCUACUUCUUCUUCGUCGAAACACGUCGCCGCACCCUCGAGGAAAUCAGCGACAUCUUCAACGCAAAACAGCCAGUCAAACACUCUCUGAACAAGACCCGCAUCAUUGUCCAUGGGAACGGAAGGGGUGUAACAGCGAUGCUUGACAAAGAGGAGAUGGUCAUGGAGAGGGAUUUUGGCAACGAUAUGGAUGGCGCCGGGGCAAGAGUCAUGGCGAGGAGGGAGAGGGAUUCAGCCGGGAGUGAAGGCAGGCUUGUGAGUCAUGAGUCUGUGAGAGACUCUCUGAGGGACAGGGUUAUGGAUCCGGGGAGGGGUAGUGGAGAGAGCGAGGACAUGUCCGGUCAGUAUGAGAUGAGUAGUUGGAUGGACAAUGGGGCGAAGUAUACAACCAAUUAG